UCGGCAGCGUUCAUUUUACAAUCAGCGGUCGAGCAGGCAGUACAAACGCUAAAGAAAAUACCACACAGAGUACUUAUAUACCUACCAUAGAAUUCGAGUUCUGAACGCGACCAGAAAAUAUUGUUUGUGAAACGUAACGAGAUUACAAAGGAGAUUCCAGUUUUCUAAAUUAGUUUUGAUUCGCGAUUUUUGCGACAUAAUUCGUAAUAAAGCGUGAAAGUUAGAUUUGCAUAACCAGAAGAAGCGCCGCGCAUCUCAGGCGAUUAUAUAAUUGCUAAAAUCGAUUGAACAAGAGUAUCUUCAUCUCCAUUCGCAAAAUGACGGGUUACAAGGUGGCCAAUGGCAAUGGCACAACUAAUGGAAGCUCGAAUGGAAAGACCAAUGGCAACUCCAAUGGACACAGCCAGUCGGCGGAGUACACAGCCCAGGAGAAUCCCACAAUGUGCUCCCGCGACUGUUGCUCCGGACCAGGUGGCUCCCACAAAGGCAACACCUGUACGGAUAAGAAAGGCGGCAAAGGGGGAAGUCUCACUGGCGAGAAGAUCAUACCCACUCCACAGAGUCUGCUCGGAAAUGGAAAAAUCCUAUGCGAAAUUACGCCCGAAGAAUUGAGGGCCUUGCGGGUUCUCAACGAAGACACGUAUCCCUAUGAGGUCAUCGAGGAGAUCGCCGAUUUCAUCACCAAGGGCUCCGGCAUGCGUCCCAAGAUCGGCAUCAUUUGCGGCUCUGGGCUCGGCUCUCUGGCCGAUAUCAUCCAGGACCCGAAGAUCUUCGAGUACGAGAAGAUUCCCAACUUCCCGGUGUCCACAGUGGAGGGCCAUGCCGGACGACUGGUGGUCGGCACUCUGGAGGGAGCCACUGUAAUGGCGAUGCAGGGCAGGUUCCACUUCUACGAGGGAUACCCCUUGGCCAAGUGCUCGAUGCCGGUGCGAGUGAUGAAGCUGUGCGGAGUGGAGUACCUGUUCGCCACCAAUGCAGCGGGUGGCAUCAAUCCGCGUUUCGCGGUGGGCGACAUUAUGCUGAUGCAUGACCAUGUCAAUAUGCUGGGCUUUGCGGGCAACUCUCCCCUCCAGGGACCCAAUGAUCCCCGCUUUGGACCCCGUUUUCCCGCCUUGGUUAACUCUUACAACAAGGACCUGAUCAACAAGGCCAUCGAAAUAGGCAAGGCCAUGGGUAUUGAGUCGAAUAUCCAUGUGGGCGUCUACUCCUGCCUGGGAGGUCCCAACUACGAGACCAUCGCCGAGCUGAAGGCUCUGCGGAUGAUGGGCGUGGAUGCGGUGGGCAUGUCCACCGUCCACGAGGUCAUCACUGCCCGGCACUGCGACAUGAAGGUGUUCGCCUUCAGCCUGAUCACGAAUAAGUGCGCCACCGAGUACAGCGAUAAGAAGGAUGAGGAGGCCAACCACGAGGAGGUCAUGGCUGUGGCCAAGAACAGACAGAAGGCCUGCUGCGAACUGGUCGCCCGACUCAUCCGGGAAAUCCACUCGGCAUCCGUUUAGGCAGCGAACGAGGAUAAUAGCGUUGGAUUCUAAAUUUAACAUUAGUUAAUUCACUAGACUCGCCAUCUAAGAGUCACAUGACACCCGGAUUGUCCCAAAAUUUACAGUAUAAGCCUAGGGAAUAGUUUAACUAAAUUAUGUAAAAUAAACUAGAAAUAUAACAAAAUUAAAA